AUGGGGAUACCACUAAACGACUCGAUACUUUACACUCUUUGUUUCGCUGAUGAUCUAAUAAUACUGGCUCAAGACUACGAGGAGCUGGUAUAUAUGACCCGCAAAAUAAUUGAAGAGUAUAACAAGUGGGGGCUGGAGGUAAACCUUAAGAAGACGGAGUAUAUGUGUAUCGGCGGCGAACAACAGAACAUAAUCCUAGAACAGCAACAGCAAGAAAUAAAACACUGCCAAAAAUAUAAAUAUCUUAGCAUGCACAUUACCAACGAUGGUAGCCUUGAUGAAGAAAUUACGUGCAGAAACAACCAGGGAAGACAAGCAAUUAGACAACUCAAUAGUAUUUUAUGGGAUAAGGCCGUAUCAAAAGUAAACAAACACAAAAUUUAUAACAGCAUAGUUAAAAGUAUCACUAGUUAUGGUAGUGUAGUAUGGCCUUUAAAAGAAAGAAACUUAAGUUACUCGAAGCUACAGAAAUGGACUUUUGGAGACGCGCGGGCGGAAAAUCGAAACUGGAUAUAG